AUGAGGAACAACUGUGAGGAACUGCUGGGUGACUUUAUGGUACUGAAUAACCAGGCAACAAAAUGGGGCCGGGGCGGCGACGACUGCUGCUGGAGCCCGCCAGACCUGCCGACCUUAACUCCACAGAAAGGAUCGCCUCGUCCUGCCCGCGCACCACCACCCCCCCCCCCCCGCUGCAAGAAGCCCUCCUCGGGGUGGGCCGUGCCCGCCCCGGAGCUCCCGCGCCCCGGCAAACUCCCUCUCUCCCGCGGGGAGAGAAUCCGCGACGCGGCACCCACGCAGCAACCGCUGCGGCCGGGCCGGCGGCGGGGGUUCGGCCGCCGGAGCCCCGAGGGCCGCGCCCCCGCUGAGGAGACCGCAGCACCACCCCCCCCCCCCCCCCCCCCCCCCCCGGGACACCUCCGCCCGGCCGCCGGGGCCCGCAGGGGUAACGGUAGCGGCGACGGCCGCCGCGCAGCGCAGCGCCGCGUCUCCUCACCUGGAACGGGGCCGAGGCGGCGGCGGCUCCUCAGGGCGGCGCGCGGCACGGCGAGUCCCCGCGGAGCCCGGCGACCCCGGCCGCCGCGGGGGAUGUUCUGCGGGGCGGGGGGGGGGGGGGGGGGGAGGAAGGCUAGAGCGGCGCCCCCCGGCCCAGCCUCCGGCCCAGCCUCCGCCCCAUGGCGUGCGGCGCGGUCUCUAUGGCGACUGCAGUGCCGGGACGGCGCCGGCCCGCCCGCGGGGAGGGAUAACGGCUGCGCGCAGCGCGGAGGAGCGCUCAGGGGGUUACGGAGGGCCCCGCGGCCCUCCCCGAAGAGGUUAACCCCCUCGCGGCCGCCGCCAUCCCUGCGGCAGUCCCGGCCGGAGCCCGGCCGCGCUCGCCCGCGCCGCCUCCCCCGCUCUCGCCCUUCCUCAUCAGCGCGGCGCCACCGAAACCGCUGUCCUCCAGGGCGCCGCCCGCAUCUCUUUUUCCGGAGCGGUGAUUGGGCAGCCGCCGAGAUUCCUCCCGGGCGAUUGGUUGUCAGCGUGAUCAAUCAGGCUGCCGGAGGCGGGCGCACCUGGAAACGGCGCCGUGUGCGGGGCGAGACUCUCCGGCCUCGUGAGGCAACGGAGCGGGCGCUCUUGGGUGGGUGCCGGCGUGCCAUCAUCGCCCAACAGCCGACAGGACGCGUUUGUAGGCCACGGUGUCAGCCCAGCGGCUGGAUCCGUCUGGCAGACGGGCAGCUAGGAGAGACCCGUUCUGUGGGAAGGGGGAAGGACAGAUCUGCUGCGCUCGCAGCAGCUUGCGUGAAAACUAGAUCAGAACUUCCAGGAUUGUCUAUAGAUGGAACACAACUUUCUAGUACUUCUGCUUUUUUAGGCUUCAUAAUGGAUAAUCAUGGAAAAGAAGGAUCUAAUGUCUCUUCAAGGAAUCUUCAAAAAUUAAAAAUGACACCUAUACACAAACAUAUGCAUAUUUCUGCUGAUGGAGAAGGGUGACAUGAUUAACAACUUGCAAGACCUUCUGAACUCUGCUGUUAUUUUCUUCAGAUAAAUGUAUAUGGGAAUAGAUGAUUCAUCUUGUGAAGUACAGACUCCUUGGUUUCAAAUACUUUCAUUGGAACUGCUUUGCCUAGACAUUAGGGUGUUGGGGUUAUUUAUUUAUUUCUGUGUGAGUCAGAAGUUCUGAAUAAUGUUUCUGCUUAGUUGACCACAGAAGUAGGAGACAAAGCUCCAGAAAAUUUUUUGGAGAGUCAGAAAUCAAAUGAUUGUCAGAAAAGAGAAGAGAGGAAAAAAAAAAAUAAAAGGGGAGGGAUAAAUAGCAAGAUGCACAGACUUCAUAAGCAUUCAUUCACAAGAGAUGGAAGAUUCAUAGAUUUGGUUAGUCAGUAAAUGAACAUCCACCAAAUCCUAGAAUUUGUUGAAAAUUGUAACUAAAAAUGAAUAUAUAAAUGGAGGUGAAAAAAAUGCUGUCACUGAAGAGCAGAAAGGUAAACACGUUUUAUAAGUUCACAUUUCAGGCAAAAGUCAAUGAGCAAAAGAAGUAUUGACCAAAGAUGGGAUAGCAUUUACAAAGUUUUGUAGAUGUUUAAACAGGUAUCCAGUCAUAGCAAAUGAAAAAUCACAGACCUUGAGACAUCUAGUUUAGCCCUUUUUCCAAGGAAAGACCAACUGUCCCUACAACAUUCCUGGCCAGUAUUUGUCAACCUCUUCUAAAAGUACUCUGUUGAUGGAAACCAAGCUUUUUCAUGGGCUGUUUCACUAUUCUCACUAAAAGAAAGAUUUCACCCAUUAUUUCUCCUCCUAUCACCAAAGGAAUUUAUUCCCUUCCUCUGUGCAACUACCUUAAAAUUAAUUGAAUGCUAUUUUCACCUCUCACCAUCAGUCUUCUCUACACUAAGAAAA